CAGCUGUCAGAUCUGGCAACCCGCGGUAGGACACAGACCUACCGUAAAGCGUUGUGUUUUGGACUGGGAGGUCAUCAGAAAGUGAGCAGCACGGCCGGCUUUAGGGGACAGAAGCAACGUAGCACCUUAACUCUGAUGCCUGAGGUUAACACGUACAUAAUUUACUAGAUCAGUGUAGUAUUUCCAUUCCGACGAGAUGUUCCGGUUAAUCCUGCGGCUCAGGUCGACCGCUGGGCUACCCUCUCCCCGUGUCCUACAGGGCCCCGCUGAGCUCAGUACGCGCUCUGGAUCCGGGAGCUGUCGCUCCAGACGGUUUCAAUCCGGAGGGACUGCUCGGGCUGCCUACCAUGGCACCAAGAGGGUCGUCUAUUCCCAUACAAUGUCAUCUGCCCUCCGGCGUGCUCCAAUCGCAGGCUGUCAGACCAAGCGGUUCUAUAGCUUACCACCACACCAGAAGGUGGAGCUGCCAGCUCUGUCUCCCACCAUGGCGACUGGAACCAUCGCUCGCUGGGAGAAGAAGGAGGGGGAGAAGAUCAACGAGGGUGACCUUAUAGCCGAGGUGGAGACGGACAAAGCCACGGUGGGCUUUGAGCUUCUGGAGGAGUGUUACAUGGCCAAGAUCCUGGUCCCGGAAGGAACCAGAGACGUGACCAUCGGCGCCGUCAUCUGCAUCACCGUCGACAAUCCGGACCUGAUCGCAGCCUUUAAGGACGUGACGUUGGAAUCCCUUGCAGCAUCCGGGGCGUCUGCCUCACCGGCAGCCUCUCCUCCUGCUGCUGCUGCCCCCGUGGCCGCCCCAGGGAGCUCCUACCCCACGCACCUCAAGAUCCAGCUGCCGGCCCUCUCGCCCACCAUGACCGUGGGCACGGUGCAGCGCUGGGAGAAGAAGGUGGGGGAGAAGCUGAGCGAAGGAGACCUGCUGGCGGAGAUCGAGACGGACAAGGCCACCAUCGGCUUCGAGGUGCAGGAGGAGGGCUACCUGGCCAAGAUCAUCAUCGCCGAGGGCACGCGGGACGUCCCGCUGGGCACGCCCCUCUGCAUCAUCGUGGAGAAGGAGAGCGACAUCGCCGCCUUCAAGGACUACGUGGAGACGGGCGUGGCCGACGCGACCGCGCCCCCUCCCCCUCCAGCGCCGGCUGCUGCUCCCUCCCCCUCCCUGGCCCCAGCCGCCGCCGCCCCCGCGGCCGCGCCCCUCGGUAGCCGGAAAGGCCGCGUGUUCGCCAGCCCCCUGGCUAGGAAGUUGGCCUCCGACAAAGGCAUUGACCUGGCCCAGGUCAGCGGCUCCGGCCCAGACGGACGCGUCACUAGGAAAGACAUUGAGACGUUUGUCCCUCCCAAGGCUGUCCCCACGGCGGUUGUGGCUCCUUCCCCGGCCCCUGCUGCUGCUGCUGCUGCUGCUGCUGCUGCUGUGGCCCCUGGAGCCAAGGCGGCCCCCGCAGGGACCUACACAGACGUCCCCAUCAGCAACGUCCGCAGGGUCAUCGCCCAGCGGCUGAUGCAGUCCAAGCAGACCAUCCCCCACUACUACCUGUCAGUGGACGUCAACAUGGACCACGUGCUGGAGCUCAGACAGGAGCUCAACGCCGAGGUGAAGGCCCAGAACAUCAAGCUGAGCGUCAACGACUUCAUCAUCAAGGCCAGCGCCCUGGCCUGCCUAAAGGUCCCCGAGGCCAACUCCUCCUGGAUGGACAGCGUCAUCCGCCAGAACCACGUGGUGGACGUGAGCGUGGCGGUGAGCACUCCCAACGGUCUGAUCACGCCCAUCGUGUUCAACGCCCACACCAAGGGACUGGCUGCCAUCUGCUCCGACGUCUCCGCCCUCGCCGCCAAGGCGCGGGACGGCAAGCUGCAGCCGCACGAGUUCCAGGGAGGAACCUUCACCAUCUCCAACCUGGGGAUGUUCGGGGUCAAGAACUUCUCGGCCAUCAUCAACCCUCCUCAGGCCUGCAUCCUGGCCGUGGGCGGAGCCGAGAAGCGCCUGCUCCCUGCCGACAACGAGAAAGGGUUUGACGUGGCCAACAUGAUGGCCGUGACGCUGAGCUGCGACCACCGCGUGGUCGACGGCGCGGUCGGCGCCCAGUGGCUCGCAGAGUUCCGCAAGUUCCUGGAGAAACCCGUCACCAUGCUCUUGUGAUUGGACAGUGCCGUGACCCCGAACGCCGCGAUAGGCCGAGACCUCUCUUCCACUACUCAUCAAUCUGAUCGGUGCAUCCAUCGUCGAGCCAAGCGAGGAUAAUCUCACUCACCCUCCCACCCCCUUACCGGUCGAAGGGACAUAACUCUCACUCCAGUGGUAUCCCUGUCUCUGUCCCCCUUCCUGCACCUCUCUGGUCCCCCACCCCCGUCAUUCAUCC